UGCGCGCUCCCGGCCGCUCCUCCCGGCGCCGGCUCUCAUUGUUGGGCACCGGGUGACGCGCGGGCGUCGCGGGGCGAGGCUCGGGCGCCUGGUGGGUGCGGGGCAGCUGGCUGGACUCCCCUCCUCCUUCUCCUCCUCCAUCCUUCCUUCCCUCCCUCUCUCUCUCUCUCUCCUCCUCCUUUCUUGGAUGGGCUUGCAAACAAAAGAGGGGGGCUGGGCGAAGGGGCUGGGGCGCGCGCAAAGGCGGGCGGCGGCUGGGGGCGGUGCGCAGCCCCCCAAAAGCCGGGGGUCCCAGGCUGGGGGGCCAGCAGGAGGAAGAGGAGGAGGAGGAGGGAGAGGGAGGAGGGGGUCGGGGCCCUGCCAUGCCCAGCGCCCUCUGCCAGCUGGAGGGGGGGCCCGGCACCUGCUGCCCCCCUCCCGGCUUGGGCAGCUUGCUGCUGAACCCCCAGAUCCCGCCCCCCGCUUGCUUCGACCCCAACAGCAUCCUCCUCCCCAAGGGAGACAUCUCAGAGCAUCCUUCCUCUCCUCCGGCGACAGAGGACCACCAGCGGGAUGAGGAUGCUGAGGAUGGAGAUGAUGGAGAAGAAGAAGAAGAGGACCCCUCCGCCGCUCUCCGCUUCGCCCUGGACCAGCUCUCCAUCUUGGGCUUGGCCAAGGAUGGGGAGGAGGAGGAAGCGGCUAGAGGAAAGGCGGAGGAGGAGGGCAGAGGAGGAGAAGAGGAGGAGGAUGCGGCGGCGCAGCAGCAACAUCAGCAUCCCGAGAAGGAUGGAGACCAUGGACCGCUUCUGGAAGAGGCAGAGGGGCUGGACCUCUUUGCCUAUGCCGGAGGAGCAGCAGGAGCACCGGCGGCUCUGCCCCUCCUGGGCCCCGAAGUCGGCAGCGCCCCGCCGGCCCCCGAGAUCUUUGGGGCCUUCCCGGCCCACUUGGGGCCCCCCCACGCCCCGCAGCCCCCCCUGCUGGCCGGGCAGCACCUGGGCAGCAUCGGAAGCCGCAAGAGGAGCGUCAACAUGACCGAGUGCGUCUCCGUGCCCAGUUCGGAACAUGUGGCCGAAAUCGUGGGCAGGCAAGGGUGCAAGAUCAAAGCCUUGCGGGCAAAAACUAACACCUAUAUCAAGACCCCGGUGCGAGGUGAGGAGCCGGUCUUCAUCGUGACGGGGAGGAAAGAGGACGUGGAAAUGGCCAAGCGCGAGAUCCUUUCGGCCGCCGAACAUUUCUCCAUGAUCCGAGCCACACGCAACAAAGCCAGCGGCACGGGGGGCUCGAUUCUGGGUCCCCCGAACCUUCCAGGGCAGACGACCAUCCAGGUCCGCGUCCCGUACCGAGUGGUAGGCCUGGUUGUGGGCCCUAAAGGCGCCACCAUCAAACGCAUCCAGCAGCAGACCCACACGUACAUCGUGACCCCCAGCCGAGACAAGGAGCCCGUCUUCGAGGUGACUGGCAUGCCCGAGAACGUCGACCGGGCGCGGGAGGAAAUCGAGGCCCACAUCACCAUGCGCACCGGCUCCUUCGUCGACGUCAACGCCGACAACGACUUCCACUCCAACGGCACCGACGUCUGCUUGGACCUCCUGUCCGGCGGACCCUCCAGCCUGUGGUCCAAAGCUCCCAACCCGGCCCGCCGUGCCCUACCCAGCCUCCGCAGCGACGCUUCCCCGGCGGAGACCUAUUUCGGCGGCCCCGUUCCCGAUGGUGCCCCCGGCAGCCCAUUCGGCAGCGGCUCCGGCGGCUUCCCCUUCAGCGACGCUCUGGGCUCGGACGACGGCGAUUUUGCCCUCGACUUCCUCCCCUUGGAGCUGUCGGCGCCGGCCCACAUCUGGUCUCCGUUCGAGCCCCCUGCCGACCCGCUCCAGGCCUUCAGCCGGUCUUCCUCCUCCUCGCACAGCGGCGCUUCACAGCGGCGCAAAAGCACGCCGCGGCACUCGCCCACCUUCCCGGAGGCCGCGGCGGCCCUGGAGCACCCGCUGGCCCGCCGGAUCCCGAGCGAUCCGGUCAGCGCCGUCCCCUGGCUGCCGCCGCAGGGCUCCCUCUCAUCCUUCUCCAACAGCACGGGCUACUCGUCGUCGUCGUCGCUGCCCGGGAGCCUCUCGGCCGCGUCGGGCUCCCCCACCGACUCCACCGGCUCCGAGGGCCCGCGCAAAGCGUCCCGCGAGUGCAUGGUCUGUUUUGAGAGCGAGGUGAUCGCCGCCUUGGUGCCCUGCGGCCACAACCUCUUCUGCAUGGAGUGCGCCAUGCGCAUCUGCAGCCGCUCCGACCCCGAGUGCCCGGCCUGCCACACGCCCGCCACGCAAGCCAUCCACAUUUUCUCAUAGGCGCGGCGGGUUCCCGGGGGUCCGGCGGCCCCCUUUCCCCACCCCCCUUUACGAAAACACGGCUGGCUUUUUGCGAACUUCCAAACUGUUUCUAUCAACCUUUUUUAUAUAUAUAUAAAAAAAGCACACACAAACACGGCGGAUUGCGGCGGGGAGGGAGAGGGGCGCCCCAAAUGCGACCGUAAGUUACGCCUUCGCUGCGUAAUAAACGAGAUUUGGAGGCGGGCGGGAGGGGAAUGAAAUGAAUUUGGGGGAGCGGGAGAGCGGGGAUGGAAGUGCCGCGCCGAUUUCAAGAGUUGGGCCGACGAAAAUAUAUUUUAAAACAAUAUUGUUUACAGGAUAGCUUUAACUUACGAUCCGGGCUCAACCUUUUCUUCCGAAUAGCAGUAUUUUCGUUCUCUCUUUUUUUACAAACACUAACGCACCGAGCGAAAACCGAGGUCCUCCUGCACUAUGAAAGGGGCCACGGAUGUUGUUCUUUAAUCGAGAACACCAUCUAUUAAUAUUUUUGCAUAUACAUAUUUCUCUUGGGGGGUGGUCUGCGGUUCCAGGUUUGUGGAUUGCGCUCGGCUCAGUUCUGCAGAACUGCUGUCAACGGGCCAAAUCCACAAUCGUGCAUUUAAAGCAGAACAGCGCCGCUUUGAACAGUCCCGAGGAAUCUGGGAGGUAUAGUUUUACAGCUCUGAGAGUUGCUAGGAGACACGCACCCUGUUGCCCUCUCGGCGCUACAGUUCCCAAAGUAGUUUAGCAACCAGCCCCGCUUCCCAGAGAACUCUGGGAAUUGUAGUAGUGAACGAACUACGCUUCCCGGGACACUAUGGUGCCACAAAUGUGGCCGUUAUUCGUGUCCCCGGACCGAUUUUGGCCAUGCCCACGGAUCACAAUGGGUCUACCCUGUGUAAAAGCCCGAUCCAGCCCGAUGUGUCUACCUUCUAUCUGUACGCAGAGUAAACCCGUUCAGUGGGUUUAAAUUGCAUCAAACUCUUGGUUUUUUGCAAUGAGUCUUCUCCAGUUAUGGCUAACAUUAGAGCUCAGGCAUAUUUAGGUGGACAUACAUAUAUAAUUUUUGUUGGUAAGGCAAAGAAAAACCCGUUGUCCCCCCUCCAAAAAAAUCCAUGUGAAGAGAGGUGGAAGGGUGAUUUGGGGGUUCACCGCGAUCGGAAAAGAUGGGGCGAAUCGCCCAUUAUGCCAAUUUAAGUCACAAAUACGCACACACAGAAAGGAAAAUUUGCCUGUAUUUGGGGUUAGACCCAUUUAAACGAAUGAGUCCAUUAAUUUCAGUGGGCCUACUCAAGAGUAGGGGCUUGGUUACACCCCACUAUUCAUUUUUCUUUUUCUCGGCCUGGGUUUUGUUUUUUUAAAAAGAAAACUUUUAUUUUUUACUUCUGUGUAUAUGUAGGGAAUUUCUAGGGGAGAAUAAUUUACUUUAUUGAAUAAAUUUUAAGAACUAAAAUAUAUUUUAUUUUUUAAAGGAGGGGGGAGGGGGGCUGGGACGGGGCCGGAGCUUUAACCCGACCGCGGCUAAAGUUCUUCUCAUAUAUAUAUUUGGUGAUAUCACUUGCUGAUUACGAGAAUUGUAUGCAGAGAUUUAUUUUUUUGAACUUUCAGAGCCUUCUUAAUAAUAAGAAUAAAACAAUAAGAAGAAUAAA